AUGGGUGCUGUAUCGCUGGUGGUACUACUCGGCUGCUGCCUGCUCUUCGUCCCGAUCAUCGCCUGGUCCUCGGAUGCAACCCUAAACGACGACGUGCUCGGCCUCAUCGUCUUCAAGGCCAAUCUGCGGGACCCUAGAGACAGCCUCAGCUCCUGGAACGAGGACGACUCUAAUCCUUGCAAAUGGGUCGGCGUCAAAUGUGACAACCGGACGAACCGCGUCACCGAGCUAAACCUAGAAGGCCUUUACCUCUCCGGCAAGAUAGGCCGGGGACUUCUCCAGCUCCGGUCGCUGAGGAUGCUUUCCCUCUCCCGGAACAACUUCUCCGGUGGCAUCAGCCCUGAUCUGCUCCUCAUCGCAACCCUUCAGUCCCUGGAUCUCAGCCAGAACAACCUCUCGGGGGCCGUUCCGGAUGCCUUCUUCGCGCAGUGCAGGUCUGUGAGAUCAGUUUCUCUCGCAGGAAACCGGUUAUCCGGAGAGAUCCCUCUUAGCCUAAGCUCCUGCUCAAAAAUCGCCUCCCUGAACCUCUCGUCGAACCAGUUUGGAGGCGCCAUUCACAGUGAUGUAUGGUUCUUGAAUGGUCUGAGAUCUCUGGACCUCUCCUUCAAUUUCUUCUCCGGCGAGAUCCCGGCUGGGAUCGAUAAACUGUAUAAUCUGAGGACAAUGAGCCUUCGGAGCAACAGAUUGGUGGGAUCUUUGCCGGCCAAUCUCGGUUCAUGCUCGCAGCUGAACUCCGUCGAUCUGGGUCAGAAUCUUCUGUCUGGGGAGCUGCCGGAGUCGACGAGAAAUCUCUCCGCCUGUGCCUCUCUCCGGUUGGAUCGUAACUCCUUGACUGGGGGAAUCCCCUACUGGGUCGGCGAGAUGAGAGCUCUGGAAACCCUGGACCUUUCCAGCAACCAGUUCGCCGGCGCCUUCCCGGAUUCGAUCGGCGAACUACAGCAGCUGAAGGAGCUCAAUAUUUCUGCCAAUGCAUUGAAUGGAACACUUCCAGAGUCACUGUCUCGCUGCAAGGCCCUGUUGGAUGUGGACUUUGGCGGGAACAACUUCACCGGCGAGCUCCCCAGGUGGCUGUUCGAGCUCGGUCUCCGGCGAGCUUCCAUUUCUGGGAACAAAUUUACAGGCUCGAUUCUCAUUCCUACUCCAGUGACCACUCCGUCUCUCCUAGCCCUCGAUCUAUCAAGCAACGCUUUCUCCGGUGAGAUCCCCGUAGAGCUUGGGAGCCUCCACAGCCUACAGCUGUUGAAUCUUUCCCGGAAUUCCAUAUCUGGUUCUAUUCCGGGGAGCUUAGGGGAGUUGAACGGGGUUGAGAUCCUCGACCUCAGCGGGAACCAGCUGAACGGCAGCAUACCGCCGGAGAUCGGGAGGGCCGCUUCCCUCACGAGCCUGUGGCUGGAGAAGAACUCCCUCACCGGAGAGAUUCCUAACCAGAUCGCCGCCUGUGCAUCCCUCUCGACCCUGUAAGUUCCCAUCUUCUUCCUUUCUUCUACCCUUCCGUUCUCUUCAUCUGCCACCAUCAGUACAUGCUUGCGCCUUCUUUCCAUCCUAAUCACUCGACGUCUUUGUUCUGGUUUUUUUGCUACAGGAUGUUGUCUCAGAAUAACCUCAUUGGCUCCAUCCCCGAGAGCUUUGUCAACCUCACUCAUCUACAGACAGUGGACCUCUCCAGGAACCGCCUCAACGGGAGCCUCCCCAAGUGGCUCCGCCGCCUUCCCCAGCUCCUCUCCUUCAACAUCUCCGACAACCUGUUAUCCGGCGAAGUCCCCGGAGGAAACUUCUUCGCCGCCAUCCCUCUCUCGUCCCUCUCCGGCAACCCCUCCCUCUGCGGCUCCGUCCUCAACCGCUCCUGCCCUCCGGUCCUCCCCAAGCCCAUCGUUCUCAACCCUAAUUCCUCUUCCACCUCCGUCGCCUUCUCCUCCUCCUCCGAUCUUCGCCACAAUAAGAUCAUCCUCAGCAUUUCCGCCCUCGUCGCUAUUGCCGCUGCCGCCCUAAUCGCCCUGGGAGUAGUCGCCAUCACCGUGCUCAACUUCAGAGUCCGCUCCUCCGGUAGAUCCCACUCCGCAGCCUCCUUCCUCGUUCCCCCAGACGACAGCUCCACCCGUUCUCCGGCGACCAACCCCAACUCUGGCAGGCUCGUCAUGUUCUCCGGCGACGUCCCCGACUUCAGCGCCGGCACCCACGCCGUCCUCAACAAGGACUGCGAGCUCGGUCGCGGCGGCUUCGGCGCCGUCUACAAGACCCUCCUCCGCGACGGCCGCCCUGUGGCUAUCAAGAAGCUCACCGUCUCCAGCCUGGUGAAAUCACAGAGCGACUUCGAAGUGGAGGUGAAGAAGCUGGGGAAGCUCCGCCAUCCCAAUAUCGUCACCAUGGAAGGCUACUACUGGACUCCCUCUCUGCAACUCCUCAUCUACGAGUUCGUCGCCGGCGGGAGCUUACACCGGCGCCUCCACGACGCCGCGGCGGGGGUCCUCUCAUGGCAGCAGCGGUUCGAUAUCAUCCUCGGCAUGGCGAAGGGCUUGGCUCACCUUCACCAUCUGAACAUCAUCCACUACAACCUGAAAUCAAGCAAUGUGCUCGUUGACCCGUUCUCUGGGGAGGCGAAGAUCGGCGAUUGUGGGCUGGCGAAGCUGCUGCCGAUGCUGGACAGGUACGUGCUGAGCAGCAAGAUACAGAGCGCGCUCGGGUACAUGGCGCCGGAGUUCGCAUGCCCCACCGUGAAGGUCAACGAGAAGUGUGACGUGUACGGUUUCGGGGUGCUGGUGCUGGAGGUGGUCACUGGGAAGAAGCCGGUAGAGUACCAAGAGGACGACGUGGUGGUGCUCUGCGACCUGGUUAGGGCGGCGCUGGAGGAAGGGAGGGUGGAGGAGAGCGUUGACCCUCGUCUAAUGGGGGACUUCCCCUCUGACGAGGCCGUGCCGGUCGUCAAACUCGGGUUGAUCUGCACCUCGCAGGUGCCCUCCAACAGGCCCGACAUGGGAGAUGUCGUCACCAUCCUGGAGCUCAUUAGAUGCCCUCAGGAAGCCAGCUCCCCCAGGGAGGACCUGAGUUGA